UCCAUCAGUCUCAUCAAGAACAUGGAGCCAAAAAACCGAACAGGUGCAGCAGAAUUCCUGCUCCUGGGUCUCUCAGAAGAUCCAGAAUGGCAGCCCCUUCUAUUUGGACUGUUCCUGACCAUGUACCUGGUCACUGUGCUUGGAAACUUGCUCAUCAUCCUGGCUAUCAGUUCUGACCCCCACCUCCACACACCCAUGUACUUCUUUCUCUCCCACCUGGCCUUCACUGACAUCUGUUUCAGCACCACCACCAUCCCCAAGAUGCUGGCGAACAUCCAGAGACAGAGUAAAUCCAUCAGUUACACAGGCUGCCUCACCCAGGUUGGCUUCGUCCUGUUUUUUGCAGGCUUGGAAAACUUCCUCCUUGCAGCAAUGGCUUGUGACCGCUAUGUGGCCAUCUGCCAUCCCCUGAGGUACACCGUCAUCAUGAACCCCCACCUCUGUGGCCUGCUGGUUCUACUCUCCCUGAGCAUCAGCAUUGCCGAUGCCCUCCUCCACAGUCUGAUGGUGCUGCGACUCUCCUUCUGCACAGACCUGGAAAUACCCCAUUUCUUCUGUGAACUU